CCGGACUUGUUUUCCCCGUCUUCACCAUUUGCCAAACGGAACUAAACAAAGAGCCACUCUUCAACUAUGACUGCAGAAAUAUGGGAUGUUGUUAUUGUUGGCGCGGGGCUGUCUGGACUGAGCGCGGCCGACUUGCUCAGAAAAAGGGACGGAAGUUUGAAAAUCCUGAUUCUGGAAGCGAAAGAUCGAGUGGGAGGUCGCACCGUUUCCAAGGAAUUCCCAGCAGCCAGUGGGGUGGAUCGCUGGGACUUAGGAGGGCAAUGGGUUGGAAGCACCCAAACACACGUCAUGGAACUCAUAAAGGAGCUGGGUUUGGAGGUCUACCCACAAUUCAGCACGGGCAAGAAAGUGCACCACAUGGGUGGGCCGGCUUCCAAGGUUCGCACCUACAAGUCCAACUUCCCCACUCUGUCCCCGCUGGUGUUAAUGGACUUCAUCCAGUUCUUAUGGAAGAUUGACAGGCUGUGUGCGACAGUGUGUGUCCGGGAUCCCUCACAGACUCCGAACGCUGCGGAGCUGGACGGCCAGACCCUGCACUCCUACAUACAGCAACAUGUUUGGACGGGAGGCACCCAGCAGCUUUCAGAGCGUCUGGCGGAUCGUGUUGGGUGGAAGAAUGUCCGGCUGGGUUCUGCUGUGACGGCCAUAUGGCAGGAUGCUGAGUGGGCCCGGGUGACGACCGCCACCGACACCUUCCUGUGCAGAGCUGUGAUUGUCACCUGCCCCCCUCAUUUGGCAGCGAAGAUCCAGUACGAGCCGGCGCUGCCGACCGAGAGAGAGUUCCUCACCCAGAACAUGCCUGUGGGCCACAUGAUCAAAUUCAUCGUAACCUACCAGACGGCUUUUUGGAAGGAAAAGGGUUUCUCCGGGGAAAUCGCGGCAGGAGCCUCCACUGACUGUCCGUUCGCCGUCACCUUCGAUGCCACCAGCCCCCGAGGCAACGCCGCUCUGGUGGGCUUUAUUUCCGGCCAGCAGGCUUCUCUCUGGGCUUCUAAAGAGGUUGGGGAGAGAAGAAGCGCAGUGCUUUCCAGUUUGGUCAAAUACCUUGGACCUGAGGCUGCAUCUUUCAUCCACUAUGAAGAGAAAGACUGGGCGAAGGAGACCUAUAAUGGCGGCUGCCCUGUUAAUGUCAUGGCGCCCGGUCUGCUAACGUAUUACCACCCCAGCCUGAGGAUGCCCUGUGGCAGGAUCCACUGGGCGGGCACCGAGACGGCCACCCAGUGGUGUGGAUACAUGAGCGGAGCGAUACAGGCGGGCCAGCGAGCCGCUCUGGAGGUCCUGGCUGAGGUCAGUCAGGUGGUCCUGAACGAGGAGGAGCGGGAAGUCCUGCAGCAGAGCCUGCCGGUGCAGAGCCCCGCCAAGCCGACCACAUCCUGGAAGCUCACGGGCAAACCGGUGCUCCUCGCCACGCUGGCAGGCGGUGCUGCACUGCUGCUGGCUCGCCAUCCAGAUGCACUGAUCAAACUCAGAAACUUGAUGAAAACCUUCGUGACCGGCAGAUUCGGACUGUUCUGAUCAUAGCAAAGACAUGUGGGACAGGUGUACAGGUAGAGGUUUAUGUUAUCCUUAAGCGAUCGGCAUUUGAUUUCCCCAAACAGCAUCUAUUUGCCGUUUCAACAUUCAAAAAUAUGUCUAGUUGUGUGAAAAACAGCUUGUAAGCUUUAGGCUCCGGAGCAAUCACGGUGCAUUUGAACCAACAAGAAAACUGGUUUUAUACUGCAUGCCUCACGCCGCUUCCCGGAGAGCCAUAAAACCUGCUUGAAAGGCUUGGAUCGGAGCCACGAGCGGGUUUGCGCGCUCACAAAACCACCAACAGACGCUGGGAUGAGCGUAAGAUGGAUGAACCAGUCGCACAAUGAUAACGUCCCCGGGAAAGUGAUUUAAUCGCUAUCGCUUGAUUGCACAGUUGAUUGAAAGGAUUUUUGUCAGUCCCCAUGUCUUCUCUGGGGAGCGUCUCAAACGCCCACUAAUCAUUGCACGGUACUCUGCGACUCCAUUGGCGCGGUGGCUUGCUAUUUGUCUUUGUUAUCGCGAGCUCGCACUGAAUCAGGCGCUUGUUCUUCCUGGUUUAGUCUAAGCAGCCCGGGCUGCUGCGGGGCCAGCAGCCCAACGUCUCUGAACCUGUGCAGGGCUUCAUGCAGCUUUCCAUCGUCACAUUAUCCUCUUCAAACGAGGAGUCGUCCUCUUACAGAUGUGAUUUUGAGCAAAUGUAAAUAAUGCAUUGCAGAAAAAUUGGAUAUAAGCAUUAGGGGAGUAAUCUGUACCCAAUGAUUUUUAACAUUAUUUGAUUACAUUUGAUACAUAUGUGUGGUUUCACUACAAAGACAGACAUUAUCACCCAGUCAUUUUCAUUGUUUCAGCCAUUUCCUUGUAAACUGAAUUCAUCUCCAAAAUGUUGACAAGUUGUAAAUGCAAAACAAAUGAAGGGGUAUACGUGCAACAAAAAUGUAUCUUAUACAUGCUGGAAUGUGCGGAAGUA